AGCCGCUCUCAGCUCGCCCGGACGCUUGGUGUUUCCUGCGUGUCUUGUGCAAGUGUGGACUGAUGGCGCUUGAAAGGAGCUUGGAUUACAGCUUCAUUGACUUGGAUCAGAAGGCUGCGCUGGCAACCCUGCUGCGGGCGGCUGCAGAAGCAGAGCUGGAUACCGAGGAUGCCCGGUACAAGCUUUGCGAACUCACCGACUACAAUCCGAUGGCGGCCUUCCGCGCGGUCCAGGGUCCCAGCUCCAAAGGAUGGCUCAGCGCCAGUGACCUUCACUUGUGGCUUUCAUCACAACCACAUCCAGUGGCAGGCUAUGUGUUGGAAGACGUCUUGGCCACCAUCAAGCUCAGGACUGGAACCAUGGAGAUCUUUCCUGAGGACUUUGUGCGAAUGACCACGCCAACCUUUCGCUCCAGCGGCUGGCUGAAGGAGCUCUCCCUCGCCCGCAGCAGCAAGUGGGAGAGGAUGGGCCUUUUGCCGGAGGUGACCUACAGGCUUUGCCAGGUCUUCCUCUUGGAGCUGGACUUUGUGAGCCGCUUGCGUUUUCACCAACGACACCUCCGCCAGGCCGCCCUCUCUGGCAAUGUGAUCAUGAAGUACUUGGAUGCUGACGAAGGAUUCUGCGCAGGCAUGGGCGGCCUGCUUUGCAAUUCUGCCGUGCGGAAUGUGCUCAUGCGGGGCGUGCCGGGCUACGCGCGGCCCAUGGAGCCCUUGCUUUGCGAUGCCCUAAUGAAGCGGAUUAAUCCCAGUGAUGCGGCCUUCUUUCCGGCUGACGCCUUGGCACGGCUCCUGGACAUCCCACUGCCUGCGGCCACGACCUACACCUGGGUGGAUCAGGUGGAGCGCACGCCACUUCGGGACAGCUUCGAAAUGCGCACGCGCAGCCCCGUCCAAAGCCCUCGCCGUGCCAGUGCCUCCAGUCCUACCGGACCCAGAGCUUCCAGUCCACCACGGCUCUCCUACGACAGCCCCAUGCGGCUCUCCUACGGCAGUCCUCGACGCGCCUACAGCCCUGCGCGCUACGAGCCCGUCUCUCCAGUGCGCAGCCCCGCAAGCCCAGUGACGCCAUUGCCCGACUACUUGGUGCCCGACCGUCGGCCUCAACGGCACCAGGGGAAACGACUCUAUGAGAGCUGGGCCACUCCAUCGCCCAAGUCUCCCUUGAGGGGCAGUGGAACCUACUUGUCGGAGCUUUCAACGCAGGACCCUGGACUCUCCUUGGAGCGCUUGGAGCGUUCCUCCCGAGACCUGGAGAGCUUCCUCCCCAGCCGCGAGAGUCGCGAGCUGCGCGAGAGUCGUGAGCUCCGUGAGAGUCGUGAGUUGCGAGGCUCCUUCCUUCGCGAGUCGAGCUUGGACCGCUACAAGGGAGGCCUUUCUACCUCCUUCUCACCCAGCGGCUCACCAAUCCUGGGCAGCCCCAGCCGCGCCUUGUCGCCCAAGCCGAAACACUUCCUGGACCUUCGCGAACAACGAGCUUUGGAGCAGACCUUGCUGGUGAUGUCGCGCAUCGCCAAGCUGGACAGCCAGGUUGAAGAUCUGAAGUCACUGCUGCCCACCUGUUGCACCGUCGAGGAGAUCGUCACGGAGCUGGACACCAUGCGCGCGGGCUAUGUGAAUCUGAGCGACGUGCGGCGCUUCAUGUUUGGCUUUGGAGUGACAGUGAAGUAUGCCAGCUUCACCACCAUGGUGAACGAGAUCCACAUGCGCCGCAAGAUCUUCACCCAACAUUCCCUCAAAGGCUCCUUCAUGUUGCCCGACUCUUUGGACUUCCGUGAUAUGGCCGUGCUCACGCUGCCUUUGACCAGCGAGGCAUGCCAGGCUUCCAUGGAUGCCAACAGUGACAACGAAGCAAAGUCCGUGUUGUAUUUGCUACGCUCCUCGGAGCCGUGUCCCGGCUGCGGUUGCCGCGUGCAACGCUCCGCGGACGCUGCAGGAUGCCCGUCGGUGACCUGCCCCGUGUGCAGGACUCCUUUCAAAUGCUACCACGUGCAGGGCGACCGCCCGGAGCCUUGUUAUCCGUUGACUUCUACUGCGAAGACCAACCUGUACCGUUUGCUGGGCGGUGCUUUGGAGGCAGCGGACGAGUUGGAGAGGGAGCGCCGUGAGUUGGCAGCCUUCCUGACGCAUGAGAUCUGUGGCCUGUGCGACGUCUUCACCGCUCUGGCCUGCGGCCGCGACAGUUUGGGUUUCAGCCAGCUGGACCUCCGUCGUGCCUUUGCAGCGCAGGGCUUGCCUGCGCCUACAGGAGAGCAAUGGGACCUCAUGUGGCGUCGCUUUGCCGCGCCCAACUCCAGCUCGGUCUCCUUCUUGGAUUUCAAGGGUCAGCUGCAGCCAUUCCUUUAGAGGCGAGUUCUGUGAGAUGCCGGAGCUCCGACGAAGUCGUCAAUUGACAGCCCCGUGAACGCGGGGGGCAUGGGAACGACAAACAACACGCCAAAAGAAC